AGUCUCAUCCGAAAACGACUACGUAUGCCACGGACGAAACACGAGGGUAGUGUGUAUAAACGGUUUUGAGAAAAUGGCUAAUUUGAGACAGACUCCUUUGACUUGCAGUGGACAUACUAGACCAGUAGUGCAUUUAGCUUUUAGUGAUAUAACGGAAUGUGGAUACUUUUUAAUAUCGGCUUGCAAAGAUGGCAAGCCCAUGCUACGCCAGGGGGACACAGGUGACUGGAUUGGCACAUUUGAGGGUCAUAAGGGUGCUGUUUGGGGUGUUGCACUAAACCCGCAGGCAUCAAAAGCUGCCACAGGUGCAGCUGAUUUCAAUGCCAAGGUGUGGGAUGCUGUUUCCGGUGAAGAAAUUCAUUCUUUUCAACAUAAUCAUAUCGUAAAGAGUGUUAAUUUUUCUUCAGAUAGUGAACUUUUUGUAACUGGUAGCAACGAAAAGCUUAUCAGAGUCUUUGAUCUCAACAAACCGGAAGCAAGCCCUUCCACAUUUGCUGGACACACUUCGGGAAUCAGGCAUGUGUUGUUCUUCAGGAAUGACUCUCAUCUUGUGAGCUGUGCUGACGAUCGCUCUCUGAGAGUUUGGGACCGAACAUCUGGACAGGAAGUACAGAAACUUGAAUUCUCAGCCAUUCCCAGUAGUCUGGAGGUGUCACGAGAUGGUACAACGAUUACUGUGACCCAUGGGAAUAUAGUAAGCUUUUGGGAUGCAAACAGCUUGGAGAAGAUAAGAGAAUUCACCGUCCCUACACAAGUAAAUUCUGCAUCGUUGCAUCCUGAUAAGACUAUAUUUGUUUGUGGUGGAGAAGACUUGAAAAUGUAUAAAUUUGAUUACACUACAGGAACUGAAAUUGAAUCCUUCAAAGGUCACUUUGGACCAGUUCACUGUGUGAGGUUCUCCCCUGAUGGUGAGCUGUAUGCUUCUGGUUCUGAGGAUGGAACUUUACGUUUGUGGCAGACAACUGUUGGCAAGACCUAUGGCUUGUGGAAAUGCAUUGAGGGAACACUGGCAGAGCCAAUUGCCCCACAAAAGCAGGAAGUUUCAGCCAGCUAGAAUUGACUGCUAUGGAAGUCUCGUAUUUAUUUGACUUUAUAAAUAUGUAUAAAAAGAAUUAUCUUCUGACAGCUGAAUCUCUCUCGUGUUGUCAUGAUUUUCAGUGACUGAGGACACUUCGUAUGAUAGGGUUUCAAGGAAAAUGGAGGAGGAGAAAGAAACUUACUGCUUUAUUUCAUGUUUCUCUGGGAGAGAUGUGAUUUUUUUUUGGAUGCAUUCAUGUGACAAUUACCAUGAACGAAGACAUCACUUGUGGUAGUUCUGAAUUGUUUAAACACUUUUUUUUAAGUGAGUCACAAAAUAUUUAAUGGCUCACCAUGUUGUACGUGUGCAAUUUUAAUCCAAGUCUUUAGAACUCCCUGCAUUUAGAACUGUUACUUUCUUUGUGUAGUCAGUUCAGCUCCUAUUAGAAAUAUUUAAGCAUUUUUGUUAUAAAUUGUUUUGCUUUGUAGUAAAUAUUGAUGUGUAGCUUUCUGGGAAUCACAGUGAGGAAAUGUAUUCAUCAGACCAUUAAAUCAUUAAGUAGUAUUUACAAAUGGCAGUAUUUCCAAUUUUGAUAGAUCUUAGCUAUGGUAGUAUAUAUUUUGCAGCUUACUCAAUGUGCAGUAGUUUCAACUGUAGAGCCAUGUUAGUAAUUGAAAAACUUUGCUCCUGUGAAUAUAGUACCUUUACUCAUGGAAAUUUCAGAUUAUAGACUCAUAAAUUGUCCAGUUGUAAAAAUACACAUAAAUGUGGUUUCAUGGAGUAUAAAAUUUUAUGAUGAUUUAUUGACAAUCUUUGCUUUGCUUUUUCUGUUGAAACCGUUAUAUUUUAUGGCUUAUGUUUUUAUUUCUGAUUCAGAUUUCUCACAGUAAUGUUUUAUGGUUUAACCAGAGCAGUUCUAAAUGAGUAUUGUGGGCUGAAUGUAGUAAUUUUUCAUUGUUGUGUAAAGCUAAUUUUAAUUCAUGACAAAUAGGAUAAGGGUAUAGACAUAAUUCUAGUAUAAUUGUGCAUUUCAAUAAAUGUAAGUAUUCAUUGUAGGUGAUGGUAUAUCUUUUUGUACAUGUAUGACUGUAAGUGGGACAGGUAUGCCAAGUUCCUGGGGUCAAUGCUAAUUUGGAAUCAGUUUCCACAGUGCAUUUACUAGGGCCAUGAAUUAGAAAUGUGGGAGGGGGCAUACCAAAUGAAUAUUUUUCUCGGGCUGUGUUCGUGAAAAGAACACAUGGGGUAUACGAAGUGGUUUGAGCAUAGUGUAUUUUAUAACAUUAAUACUUUUUAUACCAUUAAUAAAUAGUAGCUUCCAUUUUGUACAGUGUAUUUAUUGUGUGGAAGAACUAAGCCAUUAUAAGAGUAUGUAUGCCCUGUAUAUUAUUGACUGUAUGAAAUUAAUUAUGUAAAAAGUUCAUUGUAAAAUGAAAUAAAUCUGUACAUGUUUUGUUCAUA